AUGGCACCUUCACGAAUGCCCGACGAACCAUUCCGUUUCCUAGAUCUCCCCAAAGAGCUAAGACUUAUUGUGUACGAAAAUCUUCCUCGAACUGUCGGUAACACAACAAUAAACCUCUCCUACGAAGACUUGCCUCUGCACUACAAGCGGCCAAUGUCUUUCUUCACUCUCAUCCACCGCAGCACUACUAUUUCCAUUCUCUGUGUCUGCAAGGAAAUCUACGCAGAGGCAGUCGACAUCAUCCACAAAACUAUCCGAAACUUCAUUCUCGAGGCAUCACCCAAGAUUGCAGGCACCUUGCAACCAAUUCACCUCUCCGACCCCCUAGGACCACUUAUGAGAGCUACUGCACGCGACUUUGACCACCUGCGCAACAGAUUCGGCUUCUCUCGAGAUGGCAAAUCUAUGAUACCCGUACUGUCUCACGACGAUCUUAUUUCUGGAUGCUUAUACCUUGCCAUCCGGUACUUCGAUUACGAUGAGUUGUAUGGAUCCCAGCAACACGCUGCCCCAGGGAGUCUUAUCGACUACAGGAGCAAAACACCCUUGUUCCUAAAACACCUUGCAGAAGCCCGAGAAACUACGGCUGAAUGGGACAUUGAAGACUUGCCAGAACAAUUCUACAAUGGACCGGCGUUAUUCCUACCAGGUAGUCUCAAAGCGCAAUUGCCCUCGAUCCCGCACGAUAGCGCGUGCAAAGAGUCAAAACGCGCAAUAAACACUUUCAUCACCACGGCUUCGAUACAGCUACUCUACCACCAUAUCAAGCGAGUCUCUGACUCUGCGCUCGGAAACCCCUAUAUUGAGUUUGUCAAUUAUUCCCCGAUACACGAACAAAUGAUUCGGUCCAUUGACGCAUCACAACGCGAAGUCCUCUGCAUGAGACGUAUGCUGGAUGCUUUCAACGUUGCAGAUCACCGCUCCAUCUGCUACGACUUCGGCGUCCAUGUCAAACUCUCGGGGUACGUUGUCGUAGAGGAGGGCCAGCAGCCGUGGCUAAAGCAAAAUGCCAUUAUGAGGUUGCCGGUGCAAGGAUCUGAUUCGAAUUUUCGGGGUUGGGAAAGACUCGAAAAGCCGAUCGAUGGAGUUGGCGGUGUGGCAAUCUGCCGGGAAUCUAUGACGAAGGAGGAGUGGGAGGAGGGGUGGCUUGCGAAUGAUUUUGAGAAUAAAGCUGACUUUCAUGAUAGCCAUAACAUGACUUUUGCUACCGACACUGCUAUGGAACUUUGA